CUAUAUAAAAAUGUCUCAUUUAGUAACAACAUAUUCCUACAUUUGUCUUAAGUUUUCCAAACACAAGUGAUAACAACAUUAAGGUUGAAUUUUCAUUAAUUUUCAAGAAGAAAAACAUGGUGAAUGAGAUUGAAGAAGAAGAGGAGAAUUUGUAUAAUUCAACAAGUGAUUUGUUUGAAAUUGAUCAUGAUGAUUAUCAUGGUGAUGGUGAAGUGGAAGGAAGUUUGUUUUCAUUUGACUUUCAUAAUCAUGAGGAACAUGAUGUUGUUUAUGUUGUUGUUUGGAACAAGAUUAACAAUGUUAGUGACCAUGAGGGACCAAGUAUGGAUGCUUUGCUUUGGACACUCAAUCAUGUUGUGAUUAAUCAAAAUUCUACUAUUGUUUUUCUCAUUCAUAUCUUUCCUCAAACAAACUUCAUCCCUACUCCAUUGGGGAUGAUUCCAAUAGGGCAAGUGAAUGAAGAGCAUAAAGAGAAGUACAUGACUCAAGAAAGAAGCAAGAGGAGGCAAUUCCUCCAAAAGUUUGUUGACAUUUGCUCUUCUUCCAAGGUUAAAGUGGACACUAUACUUAUUGAAAGUGACAUGGAAGCCAAAGCUAUACUAAACCUCAUUCCCAUCUGCAACGUAAGAAAGCUGAUUCUUGGUACUACUAAAGCCAAUCUCAAGAGAAUGAAGUUGAGAAAAGGCAACGGAACGACAGAUGAGAUAUUACAAAAUGCACCAGAGUUCUGUGAGGUUAAGAUCAUAUGUGAAGGCAAGGAAGUUGUUGAGCUGCAGAUGUUUGAAUCCCCUUCUCUCCGAUACUCCGGUAGCAGCCCAAAGUCCAUUGAAGGUCAGAUCCAAAAUCUGAAUCAACAAGUCCAGAAUGCAUCCAUUGGAUGUGGAGGAUGUUUCAGAGCCAAGGUCAGGUCUUAGAUAUCAUACAGUUAAUGGUGUCUUCCCUCAAGGACGUCGAGUCUCCUCUCUUCAUCAUACCUUAUAUUACAUGUCAUAUCGACUGUUAAUGUACAUACAAGAAGUAAUAACACAACAACAUAUCCAGUGUAAAUCCACAAGUGGAGUUCGGGAAGGAUAGAGUAUACGCAGACCUUACCCCUACCUUGUAGAGAUAGAGAG